AGUCGUCGAGCAUGGUGGCAGGAUACGCCGUGCUGGGCAUCGUGGCUGUCGCUGUCCUCGUCCUCGUCGUCCUCGUCCUGGCCAAGUCCUCUCCUGGCACCAUCUUCUCCAGGGACAUCGAGUCAGGUCUGGUGUCUUGGGGUCGGAGCAAAGGUCUCCAAGGUCAGGCCGCGGUCAUGAUCUCCACCUCCCUGCCUGACCUCUCAAGGUCGGUCUCACAGGAGCAACUUCUUCCACAGGACUCCAAGAAGGUGCCGCGUCAGACGACCCUGCCUACGGUGCCUCAGCGCCACGCCUCCUUCAGGAGACAGCUGUCCCAGCGCCUCGACGUGGACAGCAUCCAGUUCGCGGUGCUCAACUUGGAGAAGAAGGAUGACCUCGGGCUCCUUAAGCCGGAGUUGUACCGGAAUGAGCUGGUGCGUCAGUCGUCAGUUGAGAGCAGCGGGGCCGGGUCUGACACGGAGGCUGUGGGGCGUCUCUCCUUCAGCCUCAAGUACGACUCCUCCAUCGAGGGCCUCCUGGUGAAGGUGGUGCAGGCCCACGAUCUCCCAGUUAAGGACGUGAGCGGCUCCUCUGACCCUUACGUCAAGGUGUACCUCCUGCCCGACCGCAAGAAGAAGUUCUGCACUAAGGUCCACCGUCGCAACCUCAACCCAGAGUUCAACGAGACCUUUGUCUUCAGCGCUCAGAUGGCAGAGCUCCGGGAGAGGACACUGCAGUUCAGUGUGUACGACUUCGACCGCUUCUCUCGUAACGACCUGAUCGGCCAGGUUGUUGUGCGGGGCGUGGCCGACCACUGCCAGCUGGACGAGGAGGUCCACUACCUCAUGGAUAUCCUCAACACCAAACACGAGAGUCGUGACCUCGGAGAAUUGAUGCUAAGCCUCUGCUACCUGCCUACUGCUGGUCGACUCACUGUUACCGUCAUCAAGAUGAGGAACCUCAGAGCCAUGGACAUCACUGGAUCCUCAGACCCGUAUGUGAAGGUGUGUCUCUUGUGCCAUGGGCGUCGCAUCAAGAAGAAGAAGACCACAGUGAAAAAGUCGACACUCAACCCUAUCUACAAUGAGGCACUUGUUUUUGAUAUCCCUAAUGACAGCAUAGAAGACGUCACCCUUCUUGUCAAGGUGGUCGACUAUGACAGGGUCGGUGCCAACGAACUACUUGGCGUGGCGGUGAUUGGCUCCCAGGUGAUUGGUCCCGGACGUGACCACUGGCUAGAGAUGCUGGAGUGUCCCCGACGACCGGUGGCCCAGUGGUACCCCCUCAUGGAGAGUGUGCCCUUCAACCUGGUGGUGUCACCCACCCGCACGCUGCCAACACCACUCAACUGCUUCAAUUCAACGUGAGGUUGUGUGUGAAACACUUGAGCUGGUUUUCUAACAUCUCGUGGAAGAUGUGACAAUGUCACCUGAGCAAAGAAGUGUCUGAUGGUGAUCUCUCAGACACACAUGCAACAGGUCUUCACAAGACUUUUAAAGAGGCUCUUACUACUUACACUAUGAAGAUGAGGGUUAUAAGUAGCCCAUAUCUCUGCUCUUUUUCUCAAGCUGUUAUAGUUUUUAUGAUUAGUUUAAUCUAUAUGAUCAAGCUCUUCAUGCCAUGUUUUGAUGAGUGAACAAUUUUAGUUAUGUGAUCCAGUAAAAUUAACAAUUAAUAGCCACUUUCAUCAGUCUGCUUUUGUAGGUUUGGAAAUCACAUUUGCAGACCAAUUGAAAUAAAUUAAUGUAAAUUAUGCACCUGAAUGCCCCUAUACAUUUUUCUAUGAUUAAUUUUGAGUUAUUAAAGCUGCCCACCUUUCCACUCUUGGGAGCUGUACGUCUGAAAGCCUUGCAGCUCCGCCUUCCCCGACAUUUUUCACUUC